AUGGGGUUCUCUGUUGAGAAGGCGGAGAGGCCCCACAAAAAGGGCUUCCUGAAAUCCCUCUUCUCGUCCAAAUCGUCAAAGCCUGCCCGCCAGGAACCCAUGGCGAAGAUCCCUCCAUCAGCAGAAAAGCCGCACUGGGACGCUCCGGACAAAACUCGGCCAACGGGUACGAGCCCGGCAAGUCAGCGGCCGAGUACGGCCGCGCCGCAGGCACAACAUUCGGCGAGCCGACACAACCAGGUGCAGGUCAGCCCGAACACGGAGGGAUCAGCGAAUGUCGAACGGUCGCAACCGAGCGCUCGACCUAUGUCGCUGUUUCCGCAAGACGCAGCAAGUAGACAUGCGGGGCUGGUGCUUUCUACCAGCGGGGAGGGCGGUGUAUCCAUCCAGGUCCUGUUUGAAGAGUGCACUUCGGAGACGUUACCGGCAGAUUCAGCAUGCUCGCCUACGCUGAAGUUUACAUCGCAAGCUCGGGCUCUGAAUGGGAUUUUGCGGAUCACCAAUCCUUCCCGACCAUUCAUAAGCCCACGCCUGACGAUCGUGCUAUUCUCGGGACAAGGUCGGACUGGGCAGCCAGUACAUGAUCCAGAGGCACCGUCCGCAGCGGGAUUGCAUAUGCGGCCUAUCGCACGGAGCGCGGCGUAUGUGUGGAAGGAAUCGGUUCAAGUUAAUACCGGCACGCACGAGUUCCCGUUCUCCUUACCGAUGUCGAACAAGUUACCGCCGACGUUGCAUACAUUCUCGAAGGCUGAUGCUGCGAAAGAAGUGCUGCAUACGCUGUUUGUGAAGAUGAGGCGGGCGGAUCGGGGGCAUUUGAUUGGAAAGUCGGAUGUCGUACUGCAGAGAUGUCGGCGCGUGGAGACCGAGGAGGAGGCGGGAGAGCGGAUCAUUACCGCAGAGGGCGCUUUUGCAAAUGGCUUCUUGAACUACCAUAUUGAAUAUGCGGAGGUCUGCAAUGUAGAUAAGCCAGUCACCAGAGUCUCAUUCCGGGCUUUCAAGCGCCACAAAUACGACUCCCCAAUCCUUUUGGGAGCUGUUGAUUGCUUAUGGCAGGAACACGUUAGCAUCCGAGGGGAACGUGGUGCGGCCGGCACGCGUCUGGACAGGGCACUGCAUUCACCCCAACGCGCCCAUCUACCGUCUGAUCCACACAGUGCUAUCGUCUUCUCUCAGCCAUUCAGCGUCCCUAUCCAAGCGGAUGCCGAAUUUGAGAGCCUCAAGAUCACUCACGCCGUUUCCUUGACGGUCGAUUUUUCCAUCCUGCCCGAUUGUGAACAGGUCCAUCGGGAAGUGAUUACCAUCCCCGUGCGUUUCGCUGGUUUCAUAAUAAGUUCUCCCCAAGCGGGCUUAGGGCUGAGCGAUUAUGCUUCCACGAUUAGCGCCUCUACUGGACAGGACGUGGCGGAGAUUAAAGUUGAAAGACUUCCAAGCGUGGCGACACAGUCUGUCAGGGACCCACCACGAGGACCCGUUGGGCCUGGUGAAGUGCCACCCGCCGCGCCUACCAUAGAGGUCACCGGAGCAGGCGCACCAGCAACGCGUCAAAGCUCUAUAACCGCUCACGCCGCUGGUCAGCAGUACCGAUCGGAACACGAUUUCCAGCCCGCCGAGGCCGACGAGAUGGAGUUGGCCGUGGGCGAUCUUGUCGAGAUCUGGCAAUCGUUCGAAGACGGGUGGGCGACGGGCGAGAAUCUUACCACACGGUCAAAGGGUUUCUUCCCGCUGAACGCGCUGGGUGAGACAGCAUGGAAGAUGUCGGAGGCUGGGGCUGCGGGGCUGUCCGUGCCAGAUGCUAUCGGCGGGACGUUGACGGUUUGUCGAAGGAACAAGUCGCUGUUGCCGGGCAAACCGGAAAAUUCUCGAAGUCAGUCUCCGCCACCACCGCUCCCAAUGAACACGAACACCGCCAGGAAACCUGUUGAUUCAGCCGUGUCGGGGGUCAACGGGAUCAACUGGGCCGAAGCCGUGGAUACGACGCGAGAGAGCGUGGCACAACCCGCGAGUCGUAGCAAGCGCAUGUCCAUUUUCACAUCCCAAGGGUCGCGUAGUAACCCGUCAUCGUUCAUAUCGGACAGCACGGCAACUUGCAGAAGUCCACUAUCAGCAUCCUCAUUGGUCUCCAAAUCCCACGACGAUUUACAGCGGGCGGCUGUCCGCCCUACAAGUACGGCCAGCACGUCAGGCAGCGUGAGAGCUUCGGCAAUGCCUACAUCGAGAUACGAUGCAGAAGGAGAUCAAUUCAUGUUCCCACGGCCGAUAUCCCCACUUCCGUCAAAUCACCGGAUAGGUGACAUCGGCUCUCCGGCACCACUCCCUCCAAACUCGCCUCAGCGCCGCGCAGACCGUCCCAUGGGGAGUGACAAUACUCCGAAUCCCAUAGAUCGGUACCAACGGCCUUUUUCAAUGGACGGCGGGUUCCGUGACCAUGAGGAGAUGAGUAUCAUCAACGCGUACAACAGGAGAUCGUCGCAGGGACCGCCGGUUGGAUACGAUGGACGGGCAGUGGCCAACCAGCAGCAGCCGGUGGUUCAGCAGGUUCCUGUCCCUGGGCAAGCGAUACCGGUGACGAAUUAUCGGGCGCUGAGGUCCUAUCAGCCGCGCAAUGCGGGGGAUGUGGAGAUAAUGCAGGGGCAGGUGGUUGCUGUUGAGGCAUUAAUUGGUCCAGGGUGGUGCUACGGAACGAAUCGCGCAACCGGCCGCCGCGGAUACAUCCCAUUCACGGUUCUUGGCCCGAAAAUGGACGAGCCAAUGCCAUCGACUGCCCGACCCUUGUCACCGCCUCCAUCACAAGUCCAACCGCAGUAUUUACCUCGCGGAUCAAUGGACCAGAGCCUGAAAUCUCGUCCCUCGUUCGACCAGAGCAUGAAUACCUCGUAUUAUAAUCAACAACCUCACAUACCUCAACAGCAGCAGCAGCAGCCGAUGAAUAGUCGGUGGAGCGGUGCGGUACCUGCACCACCGCAGGGCACUAUCUUGCCUAACAAUGGCUACAACUACAUGCCGCCUCAUUCAUAUCAGCCACCCGCGAGUCAGUACACGUCGCCACAGCAACCGGUGCAUUCAUCCUACCAUCCUCAACAGAUCCCUGCGCAAUUACCAACACCCCCACUCCCCACUCCACCACUCCCCCAACAACUACAACAACAGAGCGACGGCUCCCGUCGCCCAUCAUCCUACUUCCGAGGCCAAACCUACUCCGCCUACCAGGUCCAACUGCCCCAACACCCCAUCAGCCCCUUCCACGACGUCCAACGCCCGCAACUCUCCCGCCACGCCUCCCACGAUGCCCUCCUCCUCAGCCCUACUCCACCACCCGCCCUCCAGUUGCCCGAGUAUUCAAAGGACCCGAUGCCCGUCCUCCCCAACCUCCCGAAAUCGCCAGAGACGAAACAGGAACCGGCCCAGCUGUCGAUGGAUAUGAAGGACCCGUCGAAGCCGUCGUUGCAGCGGUUGGAUGAUGAUCUGUUGAAGGGGCUUCUUACCCCGCAGGAGUAUUUGAAGAAACGGGAUGGUGGGUGGUAUUGA